AUGGCUGUGGAUUUUUAUGCGACACUAAACCUAAACAGGAACGCAACAGACGGCGACAUUAAAAAAGCAUAUCGGCGUCUUGCAUUAAAGUUUCAUCCAUGUAACUGCGACGAAGCAGAGAGCAGAGAAACCUUUACUCAUCUGGGUGAAGCCUACGAUGUUCUGAGUGACCCUCGUAAAAGGGCUACUUUUGACAAAUUUGGUGAAGAGGGUCUAAGAGAUGGUCUACCACCUGAGUUAGGAAACAACCAAUAUUGGUCAAAUAAAUAUACUUAUCAUGGGAAUCCAGAAAAGACAUUCAGGGAGUUUUUUGGAGGCAAUAACCCAUUUGCAGAUUUGCAUUCAAACGCUGAACCACUUAUGUUGGGUGGCCUCAGAAGAGCUGUGAUAAAGCCACAGGAUCCAUCGAUAGAGAGAGAGCUGUUCCUGUCCCUCAGCGAUCUCUUCCAUGGAGGCACAAAAAAGAUCAGAAUAUCUCGAAGGGUUAUGAAUGAGGACGGACACAUGUCUAGCAUUAAGGACAAGAUCUUAUCCAUAGACGUGAGUCCUGGAUGGAAAGAAGGGGCAAGAAUUGUUUUUUCUAAAGAAGGAGAUCAGGGACCGAACAAUGUUCCUGCAGAUGUCGUGUUCAUAGUGCGACAGAAGAGUCAUCCACUGUUUAAGAGACAAGACGAUGAUCUUCUUUACAUGAUGCAGAUUUCUUUAGAGAUGGCUCUUACGGGCUUCUCUCUGGAGGUGGAGACACUGGAUGGAAGACUGCUCCGGAUCCCGAUCAAUGACAUCGUACACCCCAGCUACACAAAAGUGGUGACUGGAGAGGGAAUGCCACUGCUCCACAGUCCUUCACAGAGAGGAAACCUCGUCAUUACCUUCGACAUUGACUUUCCAAAGAAGCUCUCUUUCGAGCAAAAGCUUCUGAUAAAGAAGGCUCUGAAAUAAAGUUCUACAUACGUAUAUAUAUAUAUAUAUAUAUAUAAACAUUUAUGUGUUUGUUUGUCUUCGACUAACGGCUGGUUGAGAAAAUGCAGUUUAUGUAAAUACAAAAGAAAGGCAUGAAGUAUGGUACAUUUAACAGUUUCACACCACACAAAUUGACAAUGACGUUGUUUCUUUAACCAAUCAGACUUUGAGUUGGCAACAAGCUAAAGUAAAAUGACAAUUACGACAACCUCAGCUCAUACUGAGAGGGUUUGACACACGAGCUGCUUUUUCGAUAUGAUAAACUUGGACUUUAUAUAAGAUCUGUAAAUGCAACAUUCGUCAAUUUUGAACUGCUUGGUACUGUCACAUAAUAUUGAACAGAAUCAAUCAACUCAACUCAAGCCAACUCUGUUGAGUGAGCAAAGGGAUUGUAUAUUCAAGCUGCGCUUCAUACUUUUAACCACUAGACGCCACCAAAAAUGAUUGUAUUGAAAAGCUUCAGGAAACGAAGCCUUUUUGAUUUAAGCUUCAGUGUUUCAUUUUACCAUCAUGUCUUUAAAACACGAAAGAAGAAGAAAAGAA